CCGUGUCUCUCUCUCUCUCUCUGGACUCACUGUCUCAGCUACUAUAAACUCUCAAGCUUGUACCUACCCCCAGGUUGUUUUCUUGUUAGGAUGUUCCUGUGACGCCACUUAGUUUUAUCAAACAUCGGUGACAAAGUUCAGUCUUCUUGUGAGUGAACUUUUAUUUGGUAUAUCCUUGGGAGGUCGAUUUAGCAGACAAGACUAUUUUCCUCCAGUUUGUGUUCUAUUUUCUCCCAUAGACUGGGGUAGAUGGAAAUGCUCAUUUCAGUUUGAAGUAUUGAUUCAGGAGAUUGUGGGCUGUCCAAAAUGGCAGAUAUCAGUCCUCCUAGGACUGAUACUUCCACCGAUGCUGACACUGAAGAUAAAAACAUGAGGUUUCAAAUCGAUCAAUCACAUGGUAUAGUGGCUUCCGAUGGCAGUGAUAAGUACAGAGAUCAAAAGACACUGCGUAGGCUUGCUCAAAAUCGUGAAGCUGCCAGAAAAAGUAGAUUGAGAAAAAAAGCUUAUGUUCAACAGUUAGAGAGCAGUAGAAUGAAGUUGACACAACUUGAGCAAGAGCUCCAACGAGCUAGGCAGCAGGGCAUAUUUGUUUCAAGUUCAGGAGAUCAAUCUCAAUCUAUGGGUGGAAAUGGUGCCUUGGCCUUUGAUGUGGAAUAUGCUCGGUGGUUGGAGGAGCACAACCGACGGAUUAAUGAGCUAAGAGGUGCUGUCAAUUCACAUGCGGGUGAUGGUGAACUUCGCAUAAUCGUAGAUGGUGUCUUGGCACAUUAUGAUAGCAUUUUCAGGAUAAAAGGGGAUGCUGCAAAGGCUGACGUCUUUCAUAUUUUGUCGGGCAUGUGGAAAACUCCAGCAGAAAGGUGCUUCCUUUGGCUUGGUGGAUUUCGUUCAUCAGAACUUCUUAAGCUUCUUAUAAAUCAUUUGGAGCCACUUACUGAGCAGCAGUUAUUGUCUAUCAACAACUUGCAACAAACCUCACAACAGGCUGAAGAUGCCUUGUCACAAGGGAUGGAGGCGUUGCAGCAGUCCUUGGCUGAGACUCUGGCAGGAUCUCUUGGCCCAUCAGCUUCGUCGGGAAAUGUUGCCAACUACAUGGGUCAAAUGGCAAUGGCUAUGGGAAAGUUAGGAACUCUUGAGGGCUUCAUUCGUCAGGCUGAUAAUUUGCGGCAACAGACUUUGCAUCAUAUGCACCGUAUACUGACAACUCGCCAGUCAGCUCGUGCUCUUCUUGCAAUCAACGACUAUUUCUCUCGGCUUAGAGCACUUAGCAGUCUUUGGCUCGCCCGGCCAAGGGAGUGAGAUCUACAUGCUUAACUUUAAUACAGGCUUCAAAUAUUGUGGAUAUUGCCUUGAUUUUUAUGCCGUAUUCUUCCUCCUCCAUCAAUCUGUGUCAAUGGUGCUGCUUCCUGCCUCUCCAAGUUUGUAUGAAUAUUGUGUUGUAUGAUUUCUAGUUUUGAGUUAGUCGUAUGUAAUUUAAUUACGGCCGAGGUUAAUGAAAGUUAAAAAAAAAUUAGUGACUGUA